UUUUGUCAGUAGAGCGUCACGUGGACCUGAGAGUGAAGUGUUCCUGCUGCGUCCGUUUCUUUAUCGAAGAAGUUUCUGUAAAACGUGCCUUUAAUUUUCAGACGCUGGGGGAUGUUUAUUUGGUUGUUUUCAUUCCUCUGCGGUGUUUUAUUUAUUCACAGGUUGAGCAAGCACGUGACAGAAAAUGGACGAUGGAAGCAAACAACCACACACAUUUGGGAAUGGACAACAGAGAACCCAACAUCCCAGACCUUUUUUCUAUGUCCAGCCACCAUCUCAACCUUACUACCUCUACCAGCACUGGCAGAUGAACAACCCAUACGGUCACUAUGGUUUGCCUGGAGGUUUUAAUUUUGGCCGUCCCUGCAUGCAACCUUACCAGUACAUGCAGUAUCCCGGGUAUGUUUUCCCACAUGCUCCGAUAUAUCCAAUGGAUCACCGGCGAAUGUUUGAACCUCGCUUCCACGCUCCUGUCUGGAAUGACAUGCCUCGUCCGCAGUAUCACCCACAGCCUCAGGGGCGUCGAGAAAUGGCCUGUUCAGAGGCUCAAACCGACCCCAGUGAUGCCAUAAACAAACUCAUCGAAUGCCUUGAUAAGAUUCGAGGCAGUGAGCUGCAAGGCGCUGAGAGAGAACUAGACUCAGGUGUGGCCUCGCAGUCCUCGGGUAUGUUUUCUCCGAGAGACCAGAAGAAAAGGGACGAGCAGAAUCGCACCCUGCCUUCAGCGCCCGAUGAGAACCAUUUGGCGUCUACAGCUGUGACCUUCAGUGACUCCACGACAGCUGUGUAUGACGGCGAGUCCAGCCAAAGGAGCUUAGAUGGCCUGAGCCCUCAUGGAUGCUGGUCUGGAGGAUUAGAAGAGGAGUUGCCACUCGAUAGCUCCUCUGUUCAUGAAGAGUGUCCAGAGACUGAGGAGCUGGCUGCAGACGAACACUUCCUCCCUCAUGAGAAAGAAGAGGUCACGGAUAUCCAGUCAGAUACCUCGAUGACCGAUCCAAGUGUUCCCACAUGUGACGCAGAAGAGCUCCUGAAGCAGAGAGUGGAUCCAAUCUUGCUCUCAACACCAUCAGCGCCAUCUUCUUCCUUUACCUCCAGUCAGCCAGAGCUCAAAGAUGCUAAAAGUGUCGACAAAGUCUCAAAGGCAGAACAUCAGAAAGCUGAUCCAAGCUACCAGAUCCUCAAGCUGCCUUUUCAGAGCGUUUUAAAACGUGGAGAUGCUGAAGCCGGCCACCUCUCCUCCCCUGCUACACCCUACUACUACAACUACCUAUCCAUGCACACCACCCACGAGCGGAUGAGCGUUCUCAGUCCAUCUCUGGAUGAGCUUUCCUCCAGAGAUGAGAUGUUCUCCACAGAUCUGGACGACGCAGAUCUUUUCCCCAAACGCGUGUAUCCAGACAGGGGGCUCGCAGGAGUUGUAAGUGGGUCUCCACAAGUUGCUGAUGAAGUAGAAAACGUGUGGCUGCCUGGCUCGAAGAAGGUUAUGUGCGCCUGCUGUGGGAAAAGUCUAGCAAAAGGGGCAGGUAGGAGCAAAGUCCACAGCGCUAAGAUGUACAGGGACGAAGCCGGAGACUCUGAGGAGGAAAGCAGAUACGGAAGAGGGUGUGAGCAGCCUGUCAGAGUGGUGGUGAGGAAGCAUUCUGCGCCCAGGAAGCCUCAUUCGGUCCCACUUAGACAUCCUGCAAAACCUUGGUAUAAAAGGGGCCAAUACAAAGAUCCCUCAGAUCCCGUCAAUCAGGAGGAAGGCCAUGAUGUUUGCAUCCAGGAGCCAGCUGAUGGUGAGAGUGGAGAGAUGACUAGUAGUGAGCUUCAGUGCAGAACAUGUCAGGACAGACUCUGCAGAGAAGAUCUGACCAUGUCAGAUCAAGGAAGGUGGGGAGACGGUGACGUGAUCCCCAGGAGGAGACAAGCAACCCCUCUUCAACGACAAGAAAUGAGUACUCCGAGGAAAGUGAUGUACCACAGGCCAAGAGAUGAGGACAAUGAUGACGAUGAGCCGCCACCUUUACCCUGGGAAAGAGGUUCUACAACGAGAGGAGAACCAAGAUGUUGAUGUCCCCGGAUUGACUUUUGAACAAAGUGUUUUGAACUGUCGCCCCUCCAAAGGUGUAAUUGUUUCAGGAUAAUGUGUUUGAAAAUAUUUAGAGCACCAGGUGAAAUGCACUGCACAGACAGCCUCUUUUUGUUAGGUAAAAAAAAAAAAAAAUGUAUAAAGUUUCUUCAGUGACACUGACG